CCGCCGCGAGACAAACCGCGUGAGGACCGGUACCACCAGUCGUCCGGCGCCGAGAACUACCAUUCGGACGACCACUCGAAGGGUGGGCCUGGCGGUGGUGGUGGAGAGCGUGAGCGCACCGGUAGUCAUCGAAAUCACGACAACUACCACAAGAGCGAUAGGGAAAGAGGGGAUGGCGGUUACGAUAAGCGCCGGCAGUCGGGCAGUGGCGUCAGGUUUCGAGGUGGUGGUGGGGGUCGCAGAGGUGGCCCCCAUAUAAACGGCACUUUCCAGCAGAGGUCGCGCUCGCAGACCGACAAACACGACGACUAUCCGGCGGAAAUCCAGUAUUACGUGGACUUUAAUCCGGUGGACGUGUCCGGACUAGCGGUAGGCGUACCCGUCGUACCGCCCAUUGUGCCCAUCUUUCCCUUCCCGACCGCCUUCAUGGGUAUGGACGCCGACCGACUCAAGGAGUCCGUCAAACAGCAGAUCGAGUACUACUUCUCGGAGGAGAACCUGCAGCGAGACUUCUUCCUGAGACGCAAAAUGGAUGGACAGGGCUUUCUGCCCAUCAGUCUCAUCGCCUCGUUCCAUAGGGUACAGGCGCUCACCCAAGACGUCCAGAUGGUGAUUGACUCGUUGGCUGAGUCGACGCUCGUGGAGGUUGUGGACAGCGUGAAGCUCAGGGCCAAAAAGGAUCCCGAGAAGUGGCCACUCACUGAUAAUCUGAGUGCAGCCGGCGCUGGAUUGCACGCCAACGUUCCCUCGUUCAUACCCGGCCAGCCGUACGGCUACAGCUAUGGUGAG